AUGGAUCUUGACACUCAGCCGAAGGCGCAACCGAUUCGCCUUAUGGCUCUUGACUAUGACAGGCUCUUCGACAAGUGCUUGAAUCGAUUCGGCAAGAUUGAAAAUUAUUCCCCCCUGCUUGAAAUAUCUAAAUCCAUCGAGGAGUGUUAUGGUCGCUUCGACGGCUGGGCAACUUUUAUGGGAGUAUUUGCCGGUCCUCAAGCAUGCCUUGACUACCGAGUACGAGAUCGGCCAGAACUGCAAGACAUUUUUAUCCGCUUUCUGGAGGUUUUGCGGAGAAACCUCUUCCUAGGUAAGCUCCCGAGAGGUCUUCAAAUGUCACUGGCAGUGACCGAAACAGUGGAUAGUGAGGGUGACUCGCCAAUGAUCGACCCGCUUCCUCGGAACUUCUAUAACGCUUUUACUACUAUCGGGGAGUGCAUAACCCGUCUGAAUAAACUUGGCAUCAGCAUCAGAUCUUCAACGAAGUCGAUUCCCGUCGUGAGAGCUAGACAGUUUAUCGCGAGAAAUCCAGGUAUUGUUCCACUGAGCGAGUUUGAAGAAAAGGCCUAUUUGAUGCUCUUCCUUCUCUACCCUAGUGCCCUUGAAAGCCUUCGCCAGCAGCUGGCCGACGCACUCACAGAUAGAUAUGCAAGUCUCAAAUAUGAGUUCUAUCGAAACAAACACAUUAAAUCACCUACGGACCCUAUCGCAAAAGUUGUCGAAUCAGGAGCAGGUUGUAAUCGGCCCCAAAAGAGUGCAUUACUGGAACCUGCAACGACAACCUCAAGGCCUAGUCAUGACCGAACAAACCGAGGCUGGGGUAAGUAG